AUGCAGAUUUCUAUCAAGACUGUCAAUGGGAGAACAACGAUCAACCUAGAGGUGGAUAUCUCCAAACUCAUCGACCUCAAAAUCGACGAAGAAGCAACCCCAACCCAUCGCACGAACGUUCGUCAUAGUACAGUCAUGCGGCGUUUUGAAAAUACCAAUGAUGGAAAAACAACGAUCAACUUCGAAGUCGAUAGCUCCAGAACUGUCGACCUUAGGAUCCACGACGACCCGACUCUUCAAAUUACUGGACCGGACAUCUGUCACGUUGAAUUCAUGCAUGUUUUUAUAAAGACUUUGACAGGGAAGAGAAUCGCCUUAGAGGUUGAAAACUGCGACACCAUUGAAAGCAUCAAGGCCAAGAUCCAGGAUAGAGAAGGCACCCCGGUGAGCGUUCAGAGGCUGAUAUUUAUGGGCAAGCAACUCGAAGAUGGGCUCACCGUAGCCGACUACAGCAUCCUGAACGACUCGAUUCUUCACUUGGUACUGCGUCUCUAG